GCACUCGGCUCCUGGUCACGUCCGGUCUCACCCGCUCAGACUGUACUUUGGUGCAGCCCAUGUAGCUAUGCGUUGUUAUUGCAGCGGUGGGCAGUUACCCGGGAUCGUGCGCGCCGCCCCGGCCGAACCCGCUGACCUACGCGAACCAUACACUCAAAGACAGCACGGGGAGGACCGUCAUGGACCUCGGCCCACACGGGUCCGACUGCAGGCGCGACGGCGAUGGCCUGCUGGCCUGCUUGAAGCGCGACGGCGUCAAGCACACGAUCGUCCGCGGCAUGAACCACUGUGUCUACAUGGAGAGUAGCAUCGACAUCGACGAGGGCCAGACAAUGAUGUCUUGCUUCCCGCUGGCGGACGCGCACUGGUACGGCGGCGGCGAGGAGAUUCCACAGAAGUGGCCGCUAGAGAAGUACGCCAAACUGUCACACUCGAUGGUGACGCAGGAGUCGGCCAACCGCGGCAUCCAGGACCCCGUCUGGUACAACUCCAACGGCGACCUCAUCUACGUGCAUCCGGGCGCGCCGCUCUUCAUCAGCAUAAAUGACCCGGAUGUAUCCCCCAACCAACUGUGUCUAAUCUCCAAGGUGGAGGCGCCAUACCGCCGCCGACCGACAGGUUUCACCGUGAAGAUCACCACCUGCAACUUCGACAACGCCAAGGAGGCCUUCCAGUACGCCGUUAAGGAGUUCCUGGGCAAGCCGACCGGCUACCCGGACGAGACCAUGGUCCGGCAUCCCGUCUGGUCAACGUGGGCGCGCUACAAGGCCGCCAUCAACGAGCCCAUCGUCCGCGAGUUCGCGAAGCAGAUAAUCGAGCACGGCUUCAACAACAGCCAGCUUGAGAUCGACGACGCCUGGGAGACAUGCUACGGCAGCAAGAAGGUCGACGAGGGCCGCUUCCCAAACAUGAAGCAGUUGACGAACGACUUGCGCGCGAUGGGCUACCGCGUCACCAUCUGGACCCACCCGUUCAUCCAGUUGGACUGCACCGACACGCUCAACGAGGCCAGCGCCAACGGCUUCCUGGUCAAGAGCGAGGACGGCAAGACCGCCACGCAUUGGUGGAACGGCGACGCCAGCAUCGUGGACUUCACCAACAAGGCUGCAGCGGACUGGUUCGUGCGGCGCCAUCAGGACAUGGCGCGCGAGAACGGCAUCGACGGCUUCAAGUUCGACGCGGGCGAGAUCAGUUGGAACCCGCAGCUGCCUGCCUUCAGCAUCGCGCACGCCAAGGAUGAGGACUACCCGAACCUGGGCACGAAGAAGUACGUCGAGACGUGCGCGCUCUUCAACGACCUGACCGAGGUGCGCUCUGCGUACCGCACCCAGAACCUACCCAUCUUCGUCCGCAUGAUCGACAAGGACUCGCGCUGGGGUGACGACAACGGCCUAAAGUCCCUCGUCACGACACUCCUCCAAAUGAACAUGGUGGGCUACCCGCUCGUCCUGCCUGACAUGGUCGGAGGCAACCAGUACAACAUGGAGGUGGCCACCAGCGAGCUGUUCAUCCGCUGGCUGCAGGCCAACACCUUUAUGCCCGCCAUCCAGUUCUCGCUU